AUGGAGAACAUUCGGCUUCGCACUCUUAAGGACUGUCUCCAGUUCUUUGAGUGGCUGAAAAGGGACGAGGGUAUGAAAAGCAGCGUGGCCAGUGAAUUGGCUAGUCGUUAUGGGAAUUAUUAUAAUCAUGUUUCUUUGACUGGAACACUGCCUGUCCCUUUUUCCGAAUUCCUCACAAACGUAUCGAAGUUCUAUCAUAAAUUAGCCAAGAGUCCAACAGCCGGAAAGUAUACAGGCAAGAGCUCACAAGAGAUUACUAGUGCUCUUUUUGAGUGUAUGCCCAAGUUCCUUGCCGCGCUGUAUUACUUGUUGUAUAAUGUGGAUUAUAAGUAUGCUGCAGUGGGAGGUUCGUACUGGGAGGAUUUGUAUCCUGGGUGGGAUGCGGAACGGCGGGGAUGGUGGGGCAAUUACCCUGAGUCUGGUGGUGCCCUGCAGCAAUAUCUCAGAUUGUCUAUAUCUUUUCAGCUUGAACUAAUACCUGGAGGCUUCAGUUACGGAGAGUUGACAUAUGGUUACGAUUUUAGUGCUAAAUUUGCCUAUCCCCGGGGUAAGAAUAUGGUUGGUGACCUUGAAAGGAUUCUGAACAAAACAACACACAAUUAUUUUCGUGACGUAUUUGCCACAUCAGUUCUGGUAGAUGCCGGUGCCAACAAGGUGAACACUGCGAACUCUCUGGCAUUGGUGAACUUAUUUUGCGAGAUUGUGGCUGCAGCAGAGAAGAGGAAUCAGGGCGGUGAAGAGUUAAAACAAACUUUGAAUGAUCAUUUUAAGCCAAAAUGUAUAAAUUGGACCGAAUUAUCAUCCCAUUGUUCGAUGAUUAAAAUGGAGUGUAAAAAAAUUUUCAGGAAUGAUGGCUUUUCCUACACCGGCCAGUCACCGGUGCUCGAAGCCCUAAACACUAGGGAAUUCGGCAAAAGGACUGCCAAAUGGUUGGCAGAAAAUUUGGAAAAUGUACGACAGAAUGUGAUUAAAAUUAACAAAAGUUUCCCAGUCGACGACACAACCAAGAAGCCCAAGCUCGCGGAAUUUGUCACCAAUCAUGUUUUCCCCUACGGUUUCAUAUUCGGUGACACAAGCUAUGGAACCCUGGGCAAAGCAUAUAAGACUUUGACACAUCAUUGGCGUACCGUUUUAGAAAUGCUCGGUAAAGAUGAUGACGGUUUGGAUAAGUUGCGAAAACUUUUGGAAGGUGAGGGGUGUGAGGCUGCAAAAACAUCAAGGCCUGUAGCAGCCGCGAAGCCUGCGCCUGCGAAACCUGCGCCGGAGCCACAGCCUUCAGACGGUCAAGAUGCUGGUAGGCAGCAAAAUAACGUGUUACACGUUAUCCUGAGUGGUAAUGGAGGAGGGGGAGGAAGCAGCGGUGGUACAGGAGCUGGAGUGAAUCUUCAACGGACAAAUAAUCAUGCUCAAUCAACGCAACAGACUGGGCCAACUGGAGUCAGAGGCCCGAUAGGGCCUCCUCGUCCUGAAGUUACCUCUAUUCCUAACCCUGAGGCGGUAAAUUUGGCUGUCACUAGAGCUAAGAGUGCUGUAAAUGGCGGUGGUCAUGAUCAGGGCAAGAAAUCUGAGGGAGCACAGAACCAGGGCAAGAAAGCGGAGGGAGGGCAAGGUCAAGCGGGUGGUCAAAUUGAAACAAACUCUCCUAGUUCACAAGUCGCACAGGCGGCACAAACUCAGACUUCAAGUGAUUCACGUGCAGGCUCUGAGCCACCUGGUUCCCCUGGUCCCAGUGGUGAUCAGGGCCGGGGUGCCCAGGCAGCUACUUCUGGCGCUGCUCAACAAAAUGUUCACGAGGCUCAGCCGGUUUCAGGUGACAGUAGUAUGGCGUCCGCUGGUUUAAGUGCCGGUGGAGCGGGAGGGGGUGGAAUGGAACCUACGAUUCCUCAAACACAACCCCCCUCUGAACGUAAUCCGUGUUCUAAAGAUAGGUCUCGCAUGAUGUUUGGUGGCAGAACGAUAUGUGUUCCUAAAUCUGAGACAACGACUUCCACUUUCCAUCCGUUUCAUAAAGCCAUUAGUAAAGCUUGGGAUGCAUCCAAGGCGCACUACUUUCCACCCAGCUCACCUACCUAUUCUAAUGCACAAGAUAUUCAGGGACUUCGGACGCAAGAUAUUAAUACUCCUCUUGUUCAUACACAUCAACCUAUCGCCAAUCUACCUAGUGGUCGGCAGAUAACCCCUCAGGGAGCUCGGUGGAGUGGAAAGGGGAAUAACCCUGCAACACAUCCGGAUUAUGACAUCUCUAGAGGAUCCUAUUCCUUUUAUAGUCCUGACGGUUAUGCCAUUUCAGAUUUGUCAGAUGCGACACUGGGCGGUGUUACAAUGCCAGAUACGUCGUUUGAAGAAGAAGAAAAGGAUAGACAAAAAAGACUUCAAGCUCAUGAUGAAAGACAACUUUUCAAAGAAAAAGCCAAUCGCCAAGCGUAUGUAAACAUGCAGGCCAAUGACCUAAUCAAAUCGAUUGAGGAGGUAAAAAAAUCGAAAGAUAAAUUGAUGCAGGAGACGAUAAACCAACUACUACUAGCAGAACAACAAAAAUUAAUAACUACAGGUUUCGACGGCCAGCCGGUUGUUGAUGUUGGCUACGUGGAUGGUGAAGAGAUUAAGGAUGAUUCACCACAUAAACAUGAACAUGAGAGCAAGUUGCAAUUCGAGGCCUACGACCAAGCUACGAAUAUACAGCGGGAUAGGCAGAAGCAGUGGGAACAAUAUUAUCAAGAACAAAAUGAAAAAAUUAAUAACUCAGAGGAAAAGCAUCAACAAGAGGUAAAAAGAACUCUCGAUGCCAUAAAGUACUUCAAAGAAGUGGAAUACCGAAGACAACGAGAGGCGGCCGAAGCCGUAACUGGUGUACCACUUUUUUCCAAGACUGCCUCUAAUCUCCUGGAAUCGCCUAAUUAUUCGACGAUAUCGACAUUACCAAUGGUCACUGGAGCACGCAUUCCGAAAUCCAACCAGCUGUUACCGAUUCCCAAUGGCGGUUUUGACACUGCGAUGCCUCCGCAUCCAACAAUCCAUUUAGAAAUCGAAAAACCGCAUGAUUCCAGAAUUAUAUACGGAAUUAAAGAAUUCGAUAAUUCUCAGACACCAACAAAUUCAAUAGAACCUGCCUUGCCGGAUGAUACAAUUCCCAACAUGGAUCCUGAGUCAGAUACCGAUUAUUCCAACAAUAUAGGUGUUUUUAAAAAUUACGGAUUUACUGUGGAUCCCAAUCCCAACAUGUGCAAUAAUCCAUGGAAUUACGCUGAUGAUUCUGCCACCUCACCAACUCUCCCCCCUCCCCCAGACUCCGACCAUCUACCGCCUCCCACCAACGUCAAGGCCAUGCUCUUCUGGCUGGUCGGCUUCAAUACGUACGGACUUACUGCAAAAACAGAGAGACACAUGGAAGGUAUACUUAAGGAAAUCAACAGUGAUACAUUGUACCCUAAGUAUGCCCUUGCGAUCACCGGUGACCUUCCCACUCUGCCCGCAUCCAAUAUCGCCGACACCCUCACCGAGGCUUGUCUCUACUCAGCACACGUUCUGAACGGAAUAAUGCGUAUGAAAUCCAACGACGUAUUGUCUCCCAUCGACUUUAAAUCAGUGUAUAGUCAGCUUCGCUAUUCCACCGACCCCGCCGGUCUCCUCUGCCAGCUGCGUGACUACGUCUACGCCUGCCACCACCAGUUGGCGUUCCUGAAAGCGCAGUGUAAGCAAGGAAAGUCUCAUGGUGGUUGGCAGGAUUGUAACUAUGGCAGUGACGUCAGUCCUACGAAGUCCCCCCUCCAGUCCUUCCUGACUGACGACUGGGACUCCACCUUCAAGACUCACCUCUUCGACCCGAGCAACCUGUGCCACAAGAGCAGGAUCAGGAUGGGAUUUAAGGCGAAGGAUUUGCCAGAGAAGUUACAACUGGGCAGUGUCAUUUCAUCCAUCCUCACUCCCAGCUGCGGCGGUGAGGACCCCCUGCUGACAUUGUCCUCCUACCUCAACUGCCUCACCAGGCGGACGCCGAGAACGACAGGAGAGCUUGUGUCGUACUUCCACAAUUUCGGUAUGGAGUUGUACGAUUUCGCUUUGGAUUCAUUAUCUCAACUGGAUUCAUCUCUUACCAAGUCACAUCCCGACUGCCCCGACUGGGACCAUCUUGGUGACUCCGACCUCCAAGCAGUUCGGGGCAUCUGUGGUUCUGAGUCUCUCAUAUCCAAACACAACUCCAGCCACGACAAGGACCAUCCCAAUACCCUGUCCACACUUGUUGGCUGCGGCAGUGACGCUGACAGCUGCCAUCCACACUGCUCGCCCAUCACCUACCGGGCGUACGCCCUGUACUCCCAGAGCUUCGCCCACACCUACCUCAGCUGGACGGUGUACCUGCCGGACAGACUGCAUGAGUCACUUCAAAAGCUGUACUACGAUCUCCUGAAGCAUAAAUGUUCUAGUGACAAAUUUUUCCACUCAUGUUCCACUGCGCUGCCCCUCCUCUACUUACACGGGUUCACGCCGCCGGAGGUGGGAUCGCAGGUGUCGCUCAAGUGCUCAGAUGUCAUCGCCAAGCUGAAGGAGAUUGUCAACGGCAAGCCUAUCGCAUCACUCAUGACCGCCAUGGACAAUUUCCUCUACACAGUCCGGGAGCCAUUCAUCUUCACCCUCGUGGCACUCUGGUCUCUUGCAUUCCUCCUCUUCACCAACACGAUGUUGUACCGCCUGGACGUGCUGCGCAUACGAUCACACCUUAUCCGCACCAAGGCUUCACACCGCAUCGACGUCAAGGCCUUACUCACGAAAGGCCGGAAGAUGCUCUCACUUUACAAAGACGUCGACUACUUCGACGAAGACACACUUAGUCAAUUUGUAGUUCAAUAA